GAAUUCAAUUUGCUAGAUCAGUUAUAUAAAAAUAACGUUCCUUUGAAUAUAAAUGAGUUGUAAGGAUUUUUUUCCAAUGUAGAGAAUUCUAAUAGGUUCGUGUAGGACAAAACGUAUUUGGAAGGUUGGCAACAAUGGUACCAGCCCCGCAGUUUUUUGCGCUUUCGCGGCAUCCUGCAAUCCCGGCAUUUAUUUGCGUUUGGCCGUUGGCGUUCCUGCUGCUAAGUGCUAAGUAGGUCAGUGUAGGGGUCAGUUGUGUGAAGUGAAUCUUUCGGUUUUCGCAUGUCGCAUGGUUUUCGCUGUCGCUGUGGCUGUGACGCUGUGUUUCAUAGUGAGAGAAGAUCUACAAUCGCACAAAGCCUACAACUACAACAAUUGAACAAUUAACGGAUUAAAUAGAGUUUGUGUCCAAGUGAUAGUGAAACUGAAACUGCGAAACUGCAAACUGCGAGCUGCAAGUACCUACUGCAACAUGGACUAUCAACUCCAACUGAUAGAGUGGGGAUUCUGCGAGUACGUUUCCGCAUUCGAAGAAGAAGGGAUUGAUGAUUCCAGUUUCGCAUUGCUGGACGAUGAAACCAUAAGAAAUAUUUUUGAAAAAGCAGGACCCAGGCUACUUUUUACAAAACUGUUCAAUGAUCUGAAAUCAUCGAAUAAAGAAAAUACGAGAGAAAAUGUGUCUAAUAAUUCUGGGCUAAUAAUGGUAGAUACAUCCCAAGAUGCAUCCAUAGAUCCGAGCAUAGCAUCUUCCAUCAUCUCUACCCCUUCAAGUUCAUAUAUAUUUGAACCAGAUGAGGAGAUGAGAAGUUUAUUAUUCGAGAAAAGUGGAAUGGAAAUAGAAGAGAUUCCAAAUGACAAAAGAAAGGGUGAAGAUAUGAACCUCAGUAGGCACAAAAAAGUACAAAGAACAUCUCAGAGUAUAUUUCCUCAAGGACUGGUCACUUUGUUAGAAAAAUAUACUGAUGGUAAAAUUGUUAUACUGAAUAAGAAGAAACUAAAUAAUGAUCACCGCCAAAAACUAUGCAAGGUCAUAGUUAAUGAACUGAUUUCUCUGUUUGGUCCUGAUCUAAGAGCACACCAGUUCGUGCAAGUUUGUGAAGAAAUUGAAAGGGUUUUCGAAAAUGAACUAACAGAAACUUAUUAUAUCCCAUACUCAGCUGGAGGAGAAAAAUCAAAGAAAGGUUCUGGGCCAAAAGGCAAAUUAUGGUGCAGGUAUGUGAAUGUGAGGGCUGCUUUACGGUUGGCAAAUGCUCAAAAGAAACCUCUAGAAAUUGAAAAGAGAAUGAGUCCUGAGGAGAACAUCGAGAACAUGAAACAAUUAGAUUUUCUGAAAGUAGGUGUAGAGCCAUACACUAAAAUUCUGUCAGCUUGGGAAGACACACAUAAGCUUAGGCGUAAAUUGUACCAGAACACUGAACUUUCCAAAAUAUUCAAUGACUUCCCAUGUCUCAGAAUGAAUUCUGGCAUUGAACUGAUCGAAACAGAUUUCAAUAAUAGGUUCCCUGAUAAAAUCGAUCGAAUAUAUUCAGAAUUUCCUAAAGUGGCACAAGCUAUAUUGAAAGAGGCUGCGGAACGAAAAAUCGAAAUUGAUUCAAGGAAAGAUGAAUCAACAGAAGCUCUGCUCAUUCUUCCUUUUCUGUUUUCUCCAAUAACCCUAAAAAAAACAGAAAGGGCAUUACAUGGAAACCCACUAGAUCUGAAGUUCAGGAGAGUUUUUUUCUACAUGUCACGGUUAGUCAUUAGCAACUGUGUAUUGUUGAGUUUGAUCAAGAACUAUGAUGAGCUAGAAGAGAGGAUAACUACUAGAAGGACCAAAUUGAGGAGUUAUGGAAUGACCAUGCAACCAUUUGCUGUUAUAGUUAAUGAAACCAAGAACUUUUAUAUCGUUAUUGACGAUGUCAAAUACAAACUUGAGUCUGCAAUAAGAACACUGGAGUUAUUGUUCAAAUUUUUCCAUGCCCUGGAUGUGGAGUACCCUACUGAAUGUGAGCAUGUGUGGUUAUUCAUCCAAGACUUAGUUUUUUCCAUGAAGUCAACAAAAAAAUGCCCAUCAACGGUAACUCUCAUAUCUGAUUUAGCAUAUCAUUUGAGUAUGAAGUAG